CACACACACACUCAGGUAUGAUGGUGGCUAGGCCAUAGAUCAGGUUGGACAGGAUUUCUUAAGGGCUUUUACUAUAGUUUCAAUCUUUCUCUCUCUUUGUGCUUUUUUUUUGUUCUAUUUUUGUGCUUCCUGUUUAAAUGUCGAUCAGUCUUGCGGCAAAACACGGACUUCGUUUGUGAGCAGGGAUGAACUGGUCAGGACUGGAGGCCCUUCUUAGCGGGGUCAAUAAAUAUUCGACAGUGUUUGGUCGAGUCUGGCUGUCCGUGGUGUUUGUGUUUCGUGUUCUGGUGUUUGUGGUGGCAGCUCAACGCGUUUGGGGCGACGAGAGCAAAGACUUUGUUUGCAACACCAGGCAGCCCGGCUGCACCAACGUCUGCUACGACAGCACGUUCCCCAUCUCUCACAUCCGUCUGUGGGCCUUGCAGCUCAUCUUUGUCACAUGUCCGUCCCUUUUGGUCGUAGCCCACGUCAAAUACAGAGAGGAAAAAGACAAGAAGUACACGGCCGUCCACGAGGGCACACAUUUAUACGCCAACCCUGGGAAAAAGCGUGGGGGUCUCUGGUGGACCUACCUGUUAAGCUUGAUCUUUAAAGCCACAGCUGAUGCUGCCUUUCUCUAUAUUCUUCAUCACAUGUAUAAAGGAUAUGACCUCCCUCGCCUUACCAAGUGUUCGCUGGAGCCUUGUCCGAAUACAGUGGAUUGUUUCAUCGCCCGUCCCACGGAGAAGAAAAUCUUCACACUCUUCAUGGUGACCUCCUCUGCGCUCUGCAUCUUCAUGUGUAUCUGCGAAAUGGUUUAUCUCAUCGGAAAGCGCCUAAUAAAAUACUUCAUGAUGCAGGAAGCACCACCGCGACGAUCUAAAAGACCAGACCCGACUCUUACCAGCAGCCAAAACUUGAGUUUACACAAAUUAAAAGACCCCUCAAUGGACAAAACUGCUCUUUAGGGACAGCAGUGUGUCACCAGACCUUUAACAACCUCAGUGAGUUCGGGAUACGGGAUAAAAAGCUCUUUCUGCUUCAUCCAAAAUAGCAAAUACAAAUAAUGGAAACAAAUGCAAAUAAAUAAAUAAAAAUAAAUGAGUUUUUAUUUUACUAUAAUAACUAUGCAUUUACUACAGACUUAGUGUUACUUUAAACAGUAAUAAAUAUAUAUAUAUAUUUUUUAUAAAAUAUAUUUGUUUUUAUUAUCAUGCCUAAGGGAUGGUAGCCAGGUAUAUUAUAUGUUUUUUAGAAUUGAAAUGCACUUUAGAAUGAGCUUUAAAAGGAAAGGUUGACUGUGACUGCUUUGCAAUCAGUGUCAACCAGCUUUCAUGCAAAUAUGGUAUCGACCUCAAAAUUUACAUGUCUCCAACAGGGCCAUGCAUUUUAAAGUUUUGAUUUUUUAGGAUGUCUUUUUGUGUUUGUAUUCAGUAUACAUAGAACAACAAUUAAAAAUUAAUCUAGGUGUAAACGAGGCCUUAGCUUUAUUGGUUUUAUGAAAUCGACAGAGGAUGUGAAAGGAUAUGAUUUUGAUAAAAGCAUCAGUCACCUAUAAAUAAGAAAUCUAUCAUUAUUUACUUAUCCUAAUGUUUUUCAAGGAGAUAUCAAUAAUGUACAAGCUUCUCUUUGUCUUUGUCAGAAUUUAAAUGGUGCCUUUCUUUUGAUCACAGAACUCUAUCAUAUGGCUUCAGAAGACUUGACCACUUUUAUGAUGCUUUUUGUUAAUUUAUGUGGUAAAUGCAGCUCUGAUGAAUAAAGAAUGUCUUUGAGUAAAU